AGAGGCGGGACUGCGCUGGCUGGCGCCGGGUUGACGCGUGCGCCGGCGCGCCGCGGUUUGAAAGGCCCGAGCCUCGCGCGCGUGCGCACUUCAGCGCGCGCAGGGCGCACCCCCUCCUCGCCCCCCGAAACUCGGACCCUCCUGCGUCCUUCAGGUCCCGGCGAAGCCCACGACGCUGACAUGCCGGAGAUCCGCCUCCGCCAUGUGGUGUCCUGCAGUAGCCAAGACUCGACCCACUGUGCAGACAACCUCCUCAAGGCGGACACCUACCGGAAGUGGCGCGCAGCCAAGGCGGGCGAGAAGACCAUCUCGGUGGUGCUCCAGGUCCUUCUGGUCACCUCGUCUUUCAUGUCCCCUUCUGAGAGCCGAAGUGGCUCCAACCCCAACCGUGUUCGCCUUUUUGGGCCUGAGAAGUUGGUCCGGGGAGCAGCUGAGAAGCGCUGGGACCGAGUCAAAAUUGUUUGCAGCCAGCCCUAUAGCAAGUCAAAGAGGAACAUUAUUUCUGAUUUUUUUUUUCUUUCUGAAAUGGGGCAUUUCUUCCGCAAGAGGAGGGAGGGCAGCCAAGGGGAGCUCUGGUCUCUCUCCUGUGUGUGUGGCUGGGGUGACGGGGUCAGCGGGGCCUUCCAGAGUGGGGAAGAGAGGCAGCUGGGAGAGUGGCCAUGGGGUGACCCUGAGCACCCUCCCUACAGGCCCCAGGGGACAGGACAUCCUGUUUGUCUGAGGCCUGAUUCCUUCCCCAGGUACCUCAUGGCAGGGCCAGACUCCAGCAGCGAGGACGAGGGCGGCCCUCACAGCGGCAGCAGCGGGGAUGAAGCCCCACAGCUUCCCCAAAAGACCAAAACCAAGGCCCCUCAGGCAGCGGGAUCCAGCUCACCCCAGACAGCCUCCACUCCAGAAGAGACCAAACCAGCCUCACCCGGGUCCCAGGAAGAUACCCACACUGAGGGGGAGUGGUCAGAAGGACAGGACAAUGGAGCGGAAGAUUCUGAGGACACUGAGGAUGAGCUGAGAAGGGUGGCUGAGCAGAAGGAACGGAGGCAGCCCCCUGGCCAGGGGGAGAAUGGCGAGGACCCAUAUGCGGGAUCCACAGAUGAGAACACCGACAAUGAGAGUCCCCCAGAGUCUCCUGACCUGCCAAUUCCUGAACUCCCAGACUUCUUCCAGGGCAAACACUUCUUCCUGUACGGGGAGUUCCCUGGGGACGAGCGGAGGACGCUCAGCCGCUAUGUCACAGCCUUCAAUGGGGAGCUCGAGGACUAUAUGAGCGACCGGGUCCAGUUUGUGAUCACGGCUCAGGAGUGGGACCCCAGCUUUGAGGAGGCCCUGAUGGACAAUCCCUCCCUGGUGUUCGUUCGCCCAAGAUGGAUCUACAGUUGUAAUGUUCCUCACCAGCUCUAUGGGGUGGUGCCCCAGGCCUGAAGUAUGUGCUUGUGCACACACACACGCGCACACACACGCACACACAAGUUUAAUAAAGCUGACUUGGUUUGGA